UCGAAAUAUGCGGCCAUGUUGUUUAGCGAAGCGGUCUACACUUGAUCGCGCUAAACACGUUUCGCGGUUUUAAUGUGACUUUUUUGCUCUCUUUCUCCGACAUUUUGCGUUACAGCCGACGAAAAUGGAUAAAGUGGACCUUCUGUACAAGAAAUACGACGUUCUGGCGUCAGCCGGGGACAAAGUUUCUGAGCACGAGACUGACUACUUAGACAUAUUGGAAUCCGUCAAGGGUACGCCGAGCGAAAAGCGCCUGGCAUCUCAAUUCAUCGCCCGCUUCUUCAAGAGCUUUCCACAUUUGUCCGAGAAGGCCAUUGACGCCCAGCUGGAUUUGUGCGAAGAUGCCGACGUUGCCAUCCGGAAGCAGGCCAUCAAGGACCUGCCGAGUUUCUGCAAGGACAGCAAGGAGUACGUGCCAAAGAUCGCCGACGUGCUGGCUCAGCUGUUGCUGACCGAGGACCACACGGAGUUGGUGGUGAUUCAGCACUCGCUGGUGACCCUGGUGAAGCUGGAUGCCCGGGGCACCCUUGGCGGUGUGUUCUCUCAGGUAGUGGGUGGCGAGGAUCUGGUGAGGGAGCGAGCCAUCAAGUUUCUCUGCACAAAGCUGCCUUCCAUGGGUGCCGAUGUACUCACCAAGGAGGUCGAGGAGUUCCUCUUUCAGGAGUGCUGCAAGGUGAUGCAGGAUGUGACGGGCCAAGAGUUCACGAGCCUGAUGCAGCUGCUGUCGGGGCUGAAGUUUGCCAAGACGAUCCCGGGGCAACAGGCGCUCGUGGAUCUGGCCGCAGAACAGGCAGACCUGGGCAAGCCACUCGGGGAGGCAGCGGGAGCAGGCGAUGGAACGUCGCGGGCAGAGGCCCUUGCAAAGCUCGUCCAGUGCAUACGACAGGCCCUGCCCUACUUCUCGCCGUACGUGUCGUCCUCCAAAUUUGUCACCCACCUGUGCCAACAAGCACUCCCUGGCCAGCCCUUGUUGGAGGCCGAGACCUUGGAGCUGCUCAAAUUGUUGGCUGAAAUGGUGCCCUUUGCCGCGAACCUCUCGGCCGAGGAUCUCGAGGCGUGCCUCAAGCUGGUGUUUGAGAAGCUUCUGGAGCUCAUGCCACUGCCUCCGGCUGGGGAAGAGUCUGAGAACUCGUCGGAGCAGCAGCCUGAGCCCGAGCUUCAGCUGAGCCACGUGGAGUGCCUCAUGUACAGCUUCCACCAGCUGGCAAAACGCAACCCCCAGUUCCUCACUAGCGAGGAAUCAGCCGAGCGGCUCCGGGACUUCAAACUCAGGUUGCAGUACCUUGCACGUGGUGUUCAGGUGUACAUAAAAAAGCUUCGCUUGGCGCUUCAAGGGAAAAAACCUUCCGAGCUGAAGACAGAGGAGAACAAGUUGAAGGCAGCAGCCUUGAAGACCACGUCCAACAUCAAUGCUCUCAUCCGGGAUCUGUUUCAUGUACCGCCCUCCUUCAAGUCGUCAAUCACACUUUCAUGGAAGCCUGCCACCACAAAUGAGAAGAUUGGUGCUGACAAUGCUCAGACAGUCCAGGCAGCAGGGGCAAAGGGAGAGAAGCGGCGGAUCUCUUUUCCUGAGGACACGAACAAAGGCACAAAGAGGAUAGUCGCCCCGUCCAAGAACGAGCGGGAGCUGUACAGUCCUCCCAGUGGGAAGUACAGCACCAAAGUACAAGGCUUCCAGCUGCCCGCAAACCGUGGCCGGGGCGGCUUCAACAGGUUCCGGGGCGGCGGCCGAGGCUGGCGGGGACGGAUAUACUCGUGAGCAGCUCGGGAUGCUGGGGCCACACAUCCUCACACAUCUCUCCUUCUCCCC